CGAGAGCAGGUCUUGAAGAGUUCCAAUAACCCUGCUUUGUAUCUCGUCCUUCCUCGGCGUAUAGAGGUCUUGUAUCAGUAGCUCCUUACAUUUUAUAAAGCACUGUAUCUACAUCUAUGGCUCCAAAGCCAAGAAAUCCUAACCCCAGUGGUCUCGGAAGGGCCAUCAUCAAUAAGAAAGUUAAAGAUGCUCGCCAAGCCCACGAAUCAGGCCUGUAUACCACCGACUUAGACACGACCACCCGUCUGAAAUCAGUCACGCAAGAGCGCGAUCUUGACGAAUUUUUGAAUACCGCACAGUUAGCUGCAACGGACUUCACAGCAGAACGUAGAAAUGUCAGAGUCAUACAAGGAUCCGCAAACCCAACACACAAUCCAUACUUGCUUUCCGAAGAAGAAGAGCAAAGUACUCUGCAGAAACAGUCGGAGAACAAGCAGCGUCUUCGAGUACCCAGAAGACCGCCUUGGACGAAGACCAUGACGACCGCUCAGUUGGAGAGGCAGGAGAAGGAUGCAUUCCUGGAGUGGAGGAGAGGGCUAGCAGAACUACAGGAGCGGGACCAGUUUCUCCUAACACCCUUUGAACGCAACAUCGAAGUAUGGCGACAACUGUGGCGUGUCCUGGAACGUUCACACCUUGUCGUGCAAAUCGUCGAUGCUCGCAACCCACUACGAUUCCGGUGCGAUGAUCUUGAAGCCUAUGUCGCGGAUGUGGAGGGGGCGGAGGGCGAGCAAGGGACCGGCAAAGACAAGCGGAGAAAUCUCUUGCUUAUUAACAAGGCGGAUCUGCUCACGGCCAAGCAAAGACGCUUGUGGGCUGACUAUUUCGAUGCCCAGGGUAUCACAUACGCAUUCUUCUCUGCUGCCAAUGCAGCUGCUCUGCAGGAAGCACGUCGUGAAGCUCUUGCUGAGGAGAAGCGAAAAGCAGAGGCUGCUGAAGAGGCAGCCAACCACCUUUAUGAUUCCGACGAAGACGAGGACGAGCUCAUCCCAUCAGCUGCUACGGACCAUGUUGACGAAGAAGAAGAUUCCGAGGCAGACGACGCUUCAUCAGAGUCCGAAGAAUCCGAGGACGAUCACUAUUACAUCCCCACUGAAGAAGAUACACCUGAUGGUCAAGAUCCUCGCGCACGAGUAUUGUCCGUCCUCGAGCUGGAGGAUCUGUUCAUCAAGACUGCUCCAGAACUAUCGACCUUCACAGAUUCUGCGGGUAAUCAUCCCACACGUUUAGUCGUCGGCCUUGUUGGUUACCCCAACGUCGGAAAAUCGAGUACGAUCAACUCGCUUCUCGGUGAGAAGAAGGUCUCGGUUUCGUCGACGCCCGGUAAAACGAAGCACUUCCAGACCAUCCAUCUCUCGGACAACAUCGUCCUCUGUGAUUGUCCGGGUCUCGUGUUCCCUCAAUUUGCCACUACGAAGGCCGACUUGGUCUGUGACGGUGUGCUGCCCAUCGACCAACUGCGAGAGCAUACUGGUCCAGCAUCUUUAGUGGUUAAGCGUAUACCGAAAGAAGUUCUGGAGAUGGUCUAUGGCCUGACAGUCAGGUCAAAAGGCGUUGAGGAAGGAGGUGAUGGAAAGAUCGCUGCGGAAGACCUGCUCAUCGCGUAUGCCGUGGCACGAGGCUUCAUGCGUUCAGGACAGGGCAACCCAGACGAGGCUCGAGCGGCGCGAUUCAUCCUCAAGGACUACGUCAACGCCAAACUACUCUUCUGCCAACCUCCUCCCGGAGUCGACUCUGACGAAUUCAAUCAGGCGACUCGAGAGUUAGCGAUGCAAAGAGCCGCAGGCAAGAAACGGGCGCCCAUCACACGUGUCGGCAAAAACGCAGACACAUUCAUAGCGGGAGACGUCGAGAGAAUCGGCGCUGACGGCAUCCUCCCCGCGAAAGGACAAGGCCACAAGUCACAAACCGUCGACACGUCUUUCUUCGCUGAUGAGGCUGGCUUGGCUGCCCGUCCUUUCGUGUCAGGCGCGCGCUUUGAACAGGGUUUCAGUCGCGCGAAGCUUUAUCCGCAUCAAAAUACAAUCGCAGACGAUGGAACGUCAUUGGGCGGGCGGAGAGCUAGGAUCGCAUCGGUGAUGGCGAACGCUGGGGACGCCCAUCCGGGGAAGAAGCACCACAAAAAAGGGAAGCGGGUCAAGCAGCGGAGCGGGAAGGGCUACGAAUGAUUGUAUUUUCUGUGUGCUCCUUUUGGUGAAUUGUAGCAUGCGC